AGCUGAAGGAACCACAGCAAAGAUGGAUUCCCAGCAGCUGCAGGGGAGGAUCUCACCAGCCAAGAGUCUGCUGAUUCCUUAAUGCUUCUGGACAACCUUCUCCCCAAUGGCCUGGGACUGUGGCUUCACCUGUCUGCCCUGCUGUGCCCCUCAGGUUCCCAGUCCUGGAUGUCCUAUGGCACUGUGCCAGACUGGUUUAAAGACCUCUCCUGCUAGGGACUUUGGUCUGUGUGCUUAGCCGGUUCUGCUGUUGGAAUACAUACCUCGUCCUGCUUCUUCUCUUGGAAUUUUGGCUUUGUCUUGGAAUCCUGUGGAACCCCUACAUACAAACUGCAUGUCCAGGACACACACUCAACACCACCACUUUCCAUACAUUUUGUGUUGCUUUCCUGUGUGUCUUAACAGUGUCUACAGUGAGGACAACUGACCACCAGCCAAGAUGUUGCCUUCUCAAGAGGCAUCCAAGCUCUACCAUGAUAACUACAUGAGGAACUCAAGAGCAAUAGGGGUCCUGUGGGCCAUCUUCACCAUCUGCUUUGCCAUCAUAAACGUGGUGGUCUUCAUUCAACCCUACUGGAUAGGGGACAGCGUCAACACUCCCAAGCCUGGCUACUUUGGCUUAUUCCACUAUUGUGUGGGCAAUGGAGUAGCUAGCAGAGAAUUGACCUGCAGGGGCUCCUUCACGGAUUUCAGCACUAUCCCUUCAGGAGCCUUUAAGGCAGCUGCUUUCUUUGUGUUGUUGUCAAUGGUGCUGAUCUUGGGAUGCAUCACCUGUUUCGCCCUGUUCUUCUUCUGCAACACAGCCACUGUGUAUAAGAUAUGCGCCUGGAUGCAGCUAUUUGCAGCCGUUUGCCUGGUUCUUGCCUGCAUGAUUUUCCCGAAUGGGUGGGACGCGGAGACCAUCCGGGACAUGUGCGGAGACAAGACCGGAAAAUACUCCCUGGGAGAUUGUUCAGUCCGCUGGGCGUACAUACUGGCCAUCAUCGGCAUCUUGAACGCCCUCAUACUCUCUUUCUUGGCCUUUGUCCUCGGAAACAGACAGAAUGAUUUGUUACUCGAGGAGCUCAAGGCAGACAAUAAAGAUUUCGUUGCAGCUGUGAGAAUAUAAAAACACCCAACGGGGCCUUGACACCCUCUCCGUAGCAGGGGAACGUCUCCUGGCUGACCACCAACCCCCCCUAUCCGUAUCGUAAGCCUGAUUUUGUAUUGCUCUCCUCUUGCCACAUUGCCUUGGGUCCCCCCUUCCCAAGAGAUAUUCUGGAUAUGCAUCUCAGCCUUGAAGAUAAUUCUUCCCCCCCCCUCUUUCAAGACGGUGCCUGCACUGCGAUCUACGUAAGGUCCCUUCGUUCUGCUUCGACACAACCAGCUGUCCGACCCCGCUCAUCGUGCUCAACGCCAACCAUGGAUGUACAGAAACCCCCAGGAAAUAACGCUACGGAAUAAGAUUGUUUGCCGAAUUUGCUCUUAUUUUUCAAGCCCCACCAUGGAACCCGCGGCCGGCUGAUUCAUGGACCGACGUCGAAAACCCUUUGCAAUUUUGUAAUAAAAAAUUAAAAGAAAAAAAAAAA